AUGGCUACCACCAACACAUCGUCUCAUCAUCUCCUCCUGUUCCUGGCAGCAACCUCCUCCAUCAUACUACUAAUCUCUUCACUCUGCCAUCACUCCCACGCCCAGAACGCAGCGCAGGACUACCUAAACGCCCACAACUCUGCUCGGGCACAGGUUGGUGUGGCCAACAUCACUUGGGACGCGACGGUGGCUGCGUACGCACAAAGCUACGCCAACUCCAGGGUAUCGGACUGCAACCUGGUCCACUCCGGGGGCGCUUACGGGGAGAACCUGGCCAAAGGAAGCAGCUCCACAUUCAGCGGGACCAGCGCCGUGAACCUUUGGGUGGCAGAGAAACCCUACUACGACUACGCUUCCAACGCAUGCACGGGAGGGAAGCAGUGUUUGCAUUAUACUCAGGUGGUUUGGAGGAACUCGGUGAGAUUAGGGUGCGCCAGGGUGCAGUGCGCCAACGGCUGGUGGUUCGUCACUUGCAACUACGAUCCACCGGGCAACUACGUCGGCCAGCGCCCUUACUAG